UCACAAGUGUAUGUAAACUUUUGACCACAACUGUAAGUACAAUAAAAGAACAAUUGGCUAACUUGCAUAGCAAAAGUCCGCUAGCUUAAAUGCAAUAUAAUGGUAAUGUUUACCAGAUUGUUUCUGGUGCGCACCAAAUAUUAAGAAUAAAUAAAUGAGGAUCUAAAUACAAUAAAAGAUCAACUGGCUAACUUGCAUAGCAAAAGUCCGCUAGCUUAAAUGGAAUAUAAUGCUAAUGUUUACCAGAUUGGUUAUAUACUAUCUGGUGCGCAUAAGAUGGUUUAAAUUUGUUUUAUUUCUGUCGAUGUCCCUUCAGGGGCUUCGUAAAAAUACAUUGGGAAUAAGAAUGGAAAAUAAAUGAGCGCUGUUAAAUUGAAGCAAAUUGUCUCUGAUUUCAAUCAAUUCUUUGCACAUUUACACAAAGCAGAUCAAGUUGAUCUCACAGUGGAAAGAGUGAUUCUCAGAAUUUGGUCCAUUUUUGUUGGAGGUACUCAGAAAGCAAGUGAAUUCCAAGUUGAACAAAGGCUAUUCAUUUCCAAGAGGAUGAAUGGAGCUCAGACCCCGAGCUCAGUGGCUCAAAAACUUGUGGGUCAAGUUUUUUGGCACCCCAUUCCCACACAUUAUGCAAACUAAUUUACCAGCGUUAUAGUCCAGCAUGUUGAAAGUUUAAACACCGCUAUACAUCGAGCUGAUACCAGGAAGGUCUUGAGUAGGAAAGUGUUCAAUUUUAUAACUAUAUUCAGCUUUAAAACUGACUGGUCAGGGAUUAGCCAGAUGCACAGCUUGAAGGGAGGGUCUCAGCAUUCCUGGGCUGCACCUCUGCGUAUAAGAGAGUGAGGGGCCCUCUAAGCUAAUUGGCAGCAAGAGUGACAAAGGUGGUCUGCUUCAAACAAAAAAACAUACUGAGACUGGGUGGACCCAGAGGCAGAAGAGGGGGAGAAGUUGAAAUGAGAUUUUGUAGGUGGGGAGAGAGUAAGGGGUAUGAUACAUUAGAUUUUGAGUUAUUUCCCUGUUGUGUUCAUUCCGGAAUUGAGAUGGCAGUGAAGCCUGGAACAGGUGAAUGAGACAAGUGGACUGUGUACUUUUAAGAAUUUUUAAAUUAGGAUGACUACAGUGGAAAAUGAGGACACAAUCAUGUCCUACUUGUCCCAGAGUGACAUUGACCUCAGCCCUAAAGACUUCAAUGUUGUGGCCAUGCUCCAUGACUUUUGGGAGCAGAAGCAAUUGGGUCACAUGGAUGGCUCCUCCACUGGAUCGAAUGGUUCUAUUAGGGAUAAAGCGGUCCAGAUGGAAAUGCUGCUUCUGUAUGAGUCUGCCGCCUCCACAGGUCCGCCGUUUGUCUGUUAUGUCACGCUGCCAGGAGGAAGUUGCUUUGGGAACUAUAAGCUGUGUAACACUCAGGCAGAGGCCCGUCGAGAUGCAGCCCGAGUGGCUCUGAUGAAUUCACUUGUCAACGAGCUGCCUUGUCGACGUAUCUGCCCUCAGUUCAUCUCUCAGAGUCUGCAUCAGGCUACCUUAGACAGUGAUGUUUCUCUUGAAGAUGCACAUGAUUCGAGUACACAUAUAGGAACAUACAGUCUGCUUCUGCAUUCUUACAUGGGAAGGACCAUGCUGGAGUUCCAGGAGAUGAUGACAGUUUUUCAAUUGUUACACUGGAAUGGAACACUAAAAGUUCUAAGAGAAAGGCAAUGUUCUCGUCAGAGCGUGAUUACCUAUUACACCAAGCGUGGGCUUGACGAGUACAUGCGCAGCAGCAUGGCUCUGGACUGGCUCGACCGGGAGCAGAGAUCACCGGGUCAUCUCGGGGAGGAGCUGCAAGUGGCGCAAAGGGAGCUGCUGUUAGCCCGCCGUAGAGGAAUUGAACUGCGCUUCUACAAAGAGAAGACAAGCAUCCUUACAUUGGCUCUCAGUCAAGCAUAUAUUCACCACACACCUGAUUUUCAAAGCCAGGCACCUGACAACAGAGAACAACUACCUUUGCAUAUGAUUUGCACCCGGGAUAAAGAAAUGCCAGUAACAUCAUCAUGCAGUUCAUCACCAUCCCUCCAUGAACACAUUAAUCCAGCAGCUUGUGGAAAUUGUGGCAGGCUGUUUCCUUCAGAUUGUGUCUCAACUUGUUCAUUUUGCACAAUCAUUUACUCAGAAAAGCAGAAUGUUUUUCAGGAUACAUGAACACCAGGGUUGCCAACACAUACAAUAUAGUCUGUCGGUGGUGUUACCAGGAUGCCAGGUGUGGGUGGGCAUUAGUCUUACCUGGGGGGUAUAAAAAGCUACAAUGCUCAAGUAGGUCGAAAUCCAGCGUAGGGUUAUUGCACCUUAAAACAUGUUUUGUUUUCUCCUUGAGAUAACCGUUGUUGUGUUUUGUUCUAAACAAAUAAAAGUUGAGACAAUGUUUUUUUUUAGGUAACCUACUGAGGUUCCUCUGUUUUAUUAUUAUUAUUAUAGUUAUUCUUUGUUCCGCAGCCCCUUUGAGCUCAAUUUGACCCCCUUAGAAUUAGGGUUGUUCCAAUUUUUUUGCUCCCGAUCCGAUCCCGAUCGUUUUAGUUUGAGUAUCUGCCGAUCCCGAUAUUUCCCGAUCCGAUUGCUUUUUUUUUUUUUGCUCCCGAUUCAAUUCCAAUCAUUCCCGAUAAUUUUUCCCGAUCAUAUACAUUUUGGCAAUGCAUUAAGAAAAAAAUGAAUAAAACUCGGACGAAUAUAUACAUUCAACAUACAGUACAUAAGUACUGUAUUUGUUUAUUAUGACAAUAAAUCCUCAAGAUGGCAUUUACAUUAUUAACAUUCUUUCUGUGAGAGGGAUCCACGGAUAGAAAGACUUGUGACUUUGUAUAUUGUGACUAAAUAUUGCCACCUUGUGUAUUUGUUGAGCUUUCAGUAAAUGAUACUGAAGGGCAUGCCCAAAUGCAUGAUGGGAAGUGGAACCAUGACUGUGCGUAGUGCUACCAAUACAUAUAUCUUCUCUGUGAUGGGAUAAAACAUAAGGUGUUAAGAAAAAGAUCAAUUGCUACCUUGCUUCCCAUGAGGGAGGGCUUGUAAGGCUUUAGCCAAUUAAAAUAAGGCUCCAAAGGCUGCCAAAAUUCACUCUACUCAUUUUACGCUGCCUUUUAGCUCUCUCUAUAGGCUAAAUGGCGCCAGUACAGAUGGAGCGCGACAAUGCGUGAGUGGGUCGUGCAGCGCAUGCAUUAACUGCGUUAAAUAUUUUAACGUCAUACAUUUUUAAAGAAAUUAAUUACUGCCGUUAUUUGGAUAAAUGUGAUAACCCUACCUAAAGCCUAAACUAAAGACUCUGAAUAAGUGUAACAUGUUAUGUCUGUAACGUUAAAUACAAUUGGAAAACGAUUUAAUUAAAAUAUAUAUAUACAUAUAUAUAUAUUAAAAAAAGGCAUGGCCGAUAUUUUUUUGCCGAUUCCGAUACUUUGGCAGUGCCCCCCCACCCCUGCCCCCCCCUCGUAACGCCCCUGCAGUCUGUGUAGUGACAGUUAUGUCAUAAUGGAUUUUUUCAAUUGUAUACCAUUUGGAUAUCACAUAAUACAAGAGCAGUUAUUUCCAAGCUUAUGUAAUUUAAUGCAAUCUGACAUUACUUUGUAUACCAACUGUUGCGUACUUGUUUAACUGACUAGUCCCAAAAGCAGAGGUGGGUAGUAACGCGUUACAUUUACUUGAGUAAACUUUUGAGAAAAAUUUACUUCUAAGAGUAGUUUUACCAAGCCAUACUUUCUACUUAAGUAGAUUUGUGAAGAAAAAAACACUAGUCUUACUCCGCUACUUUGGGCUACACUAGCCGUUACAUUUUUUUCUUCUACAUAUUAGAUUUUACUUCUUUUUUUUGUGCCAGAGAUGCCAACAGUAGCUCCACCAGUUUCACCAAUGAGACGUCGCGACAAUUACAUGACUUUAUUGUACCAAUCAGACUCAAGCUUGCUGUUCUAACCUAUUCAAUCAUGUGGCGUCUUUCAAGCACUGUAAAAAAUUAAGUAUUUGACAAAGCCGUCAACAUGACUCGAAAGCACGUUUUUUAGUGUCUCGCUCUGUUUUUAUACAGCAUCGAUUGAUCACGGAAAACCGGAUAUAUGCGCCUAUUGGUUUCAUAAUAGGAAAUAGGUUUUAUCCACUAGUGGGCACUCUUGCUCUUUGGACGAAUAAUGCUUUAUUUCUAUAGAUUUUAUUCCUCUCACCGGACUGCAAUGUUUUUUUUGUUGUUGAGGUUUUUUGUAAUUCUUUGGCUUAAUGUGGUUAUGUAAUAUGUUAUGGUAUAGUAUAAUAAUAACAGUUCAACUUUGUGCUGAGAUACCAUUGUUAAAAAAAAUUCAAACAUCUUAAGCAGUUACUCACAAUGUUAGUCAUUACUUAAGCAUUCUUUUCACCAAAUAGUUUUUUACUUCUGUACAUAUUUUAUUUUUAUUUUUUUUAAGUAAUAUUAUUUUGAAGUAACGCUACUCUUGAGUCAAAAUUUUUGCUACUCUACCCACUUCUGUCCAAAAGCAACCUUUAAAUGUGUUGUGUGACAGACCUAGUGUUCACUAUAUGUUUGAAUGUUAUUUUUAUUAUAAAUAACAUAAUAACCAUUUACCCUGGUCUGUAAAAAUAUGAGGUUAAGUCAAAUUUGUAUGAAGAGAUAAGUAUGUAUUUGUGGUUUCAUGUUUAUGCAUUGAAAAGGGAAAUACAUUUGAAUUUGUAAAUACAUUUAGUCUGUCAGUCACUUUUUAUAAUGUAAUUGUUUACAUUUGUGUUUGAAUUUUCAUUUGACUUUUUGGAUAAAUAGAAACAAUAUAUUGGUAAACGUAGGCUACUUAGAAAAUGUUAAAUUUUGGAUCAUUAUUUAAAUUCUGAAAAUUAAAGUCAUUACUAGGUAGGCGGAUGGGGUUUCAAAAUAUGGAUUGGGUUUCAUAUUAAAAUUGAAAUUUGGAUUAGGGUUCGAAAUUACG